ACGGCGCGCUCCGAUCCGCUCCAGCGCGGCUCCCUGAUCCAGGCCGGGUUUUCCCGCGAGGCGCCGCCGCCGAGUUGGAGAAAUGAACAAAAUUCAAUAAUACGGAAAAAAAAACCCUAACCAAGUUCAUCGCGCAUGCUCCAAAAACCCCAACCAUCCUAACACAAGACACAUCGAAAAGUCACCGAAAGCAGCCCAACUGCAGAUGAAGAAAUAUUUGUCCGUUUGAAACCACUCAUGGAUGUAACAUGGACAGCAACAUUGGUUAGUGCAGAGUGACCUCCCAUAGCUUAAGACCUGGUUACAAGACAAGCUUCCCACCGCUGAAGAUCAGGAGGGAAGAACUCAAGAGAAGCAGCUGUUGCUAAGUGAUGCACUGAACUGACUGGAUCGCCCCACAGUGUAUGAACUGAUUGCUGUGAAAUGCUUACCUCAGUAUCGCUGGCCCACACGGAAAUGAAGUAAACCGAGAGAUCAGCGCAUUUCGGAAAGCAGUCCUCAGCAGGUGAGUGAAGUUUAUGCACUGAAGACAACUCAGGAAAUCUCAAGAUGGCUGCCAAGAGGAAAGGAGGCCUAAAGCUGAAUGCUAUCUGUGCCAAGCUGAGUCGGCAGGUUGACUACAACUUUGAGGCAGAGCAGACUGAGCCAGACCACAAACCUCAAGAGAACAACAGUGCUGAUGGGCUGCGUCAUGGCGACCAGGAGGGGGACACUGACACUCCCGAUGGACUCCAUGACAUCCAAAAGUUGGAGGAGGACAAGAAAAGGCGGGAAGCAAUAGAGAAGUGGGUGAAUGGGGAAUACAUGGACGAACACGGGGAGCGUGGUGAAGAAAGGCUAAUAAAGGCUGGUGACAGUGCGUACAUCGCCCCCGAAGGGGUCUACAUGGUGCAGCCCAAAGGUUGUAGUGAUGAGGAGGACAAUGAUGGGGCUCAAGGCUCACUCGAUGGCAGUUACAUGGAUGACAGAGAUUCUGAGGAAGUGGGACUGAAAGAGGAAGGUUACAACUCUUCCAGUGAAGCCAGUAUCAGACAAGCCAGUAUUGCCUCUUCAGGGGAGACAUCGACACUCCAUGACUAUGCAGCAACCACGAUGAAUGAAUUCCUGGGGAUGUUUGGCUAUGAUGAUCAGAACGUCAGGGAUGAACUGGCCAAGAAGAUCAGUUUUGACAAGUUGAACGCCACUACCUCAGAGACCUACCCAGCGGCCUCCCCGGGCGAGGACAGCUUAGCUCGGAGGGUGCGCAUUUCCAAAUACGAGGAAUACAUCCGGAAACUUAAGGCGGGGGAGCAUUUGCCUAGGCUGCUCCCGCUUCCCAAAGCUGAGGAUUCGAGCUCCCGGACACUCGGAGGAAAGGACCCAAACCCAGCCGGAGGCCCGUUCUCUGGGCAGGAAGCCCCCGUUCGCCACGAUGCCAAGCCCACUGCCCCUGCUGCCCCUCCCAGCUCCUCGGCUCACGGCCUUCUCUCCCGCGCUUCCAAAUACGACUACUUCAUCCAGAAGCUGAAGAUCGGCGAGAGCAUCCGGCCCCAAAACGGCAACAGCUACAAGAGGCCGUCGAAGUACGACCUAGAAAAUGUGAAGUACCUGCACCUCUUCAAGCCGGGCGAGGGUGACCCGGACAUGGGGGGUGCCAUCGCCUUCAAAACUGGAAAGGUGGGCCGUCCGUCCAAGUAUGACAUCAAAAACAUCCAGAAGUUGGCCAUGGCGAAGGCCCCCACCAACCCUGGCAUUGCCCCCCUGUCCAGCAGCCCGUGUGCCCUGACCGUGAGCACCGAGUCGCCCACCUCCGCCAGUUUCGGCAGCACCGACCUCCUGAAAUCCAGCUUCUCCAAGACCGACUCCAUCACCACCGGAACUGUCUCCACCGUCAACCGCCUUUCCAAAACUGAAACUUCAUUGGAUGACUCUGCGGGAAGGCUGCCCAGUUCGGCUGCAGUAAACCGGAACGGACUCUCAUCAGAGAAGCCAGGUGCCAUUACUGAUGAUGCGAAUAUUUACCAGAAGUACAUUGCCAGUAAUCUACCUGCUGACGGCUUCUACCCCAAAUCACCCCAUCUGCUCAGAGAAUGCUGGUUCUCUGGCAGUCAGCAAUGUGGACACAUUCACUGUGCCUAUCAGUACAGAGAGCACUACCACUGUCUCGAUCCUGAGUGCAAUUACCAGAGGUUUACCAGUAAACAGGAUGUGAUACGACACUACAACAUGCACAAGAAGAGAGAUAACUCCCUGCAACAUGGUUUCAUGCGCUUCAGCCCCUUGGAUGACUGCAGUGUCUACUACCAUGGCUGCCACCUUAAUGGAAAGAGUACACAUUACCAUUGCAUGCAGGUGGGUUGCACUAAGGUUUACACCAGUACGUCUGAUGUGAUGACCCAUGAAAACUUCCACAAAAAGAACGCCCAGCUAAUCAACGAUGGCUUUCAGCGCUUUCGUGCGACGGAGGAUUGUGGGACCCUUGGCUGCCAGUUCUAUGGACAAAAGACCACACACUUUCACUGCAGGCGUCCUGGCUGUACUUUCACCUUCAAAAACAAGUGUGAUAUCGAAAAGCACAAGAGUUAUCACAUCAAGGAUGACGCCUACGCCAAGGAUGGCUUCAAGAAGUUCUACAAAUACGAGGAGUGCAAGUACGAGGGCUGUGUCUACAGCAAGGCCACGAACCACUUCCACUGUAUCCGGGUGGGCUGCGGCUUCACCUUCACCUCCACCAGUCAGAUGACCUCGCACAAGCGAAAACACGAACGGCGUCACAUCCGCAACACGGGAGGUCCCGGCCUGGCUUCCCAGCUGCUGGGCCGCAAGGAGAACGAACAGGAUGACUCCAGCAAUGACGAUCUGAUUGACUACUCAGCGAUAAGCAGCAAGAACUCGAGUCUGAGCGCAUCCCCGACAAGCCAACAAUCUGCGGGACCGAUACUCCUCCCCACUCCCACCACAGAGAUCUCCUCGAGCCAGGCCGCCAGGCCGACCAGUAACCUCAUCCCAGCAACCAAGAUGUCGACGAUACUUCCGCAAACGCUGGCCAGCCCCAUCCCAGUCGCCUUGGCACUCUCCAAUGCCAGUCUCUCCAAUACCGGCCCCUUCUUCCCUAUCAUUCCCAACAGGGUCUCCAUGGCCAUCCCCGUGACAGCAGCCAACUUGAUAUCCGCCAUCUCCUCCAGCGUUCCCACCGUGCCGACGGAAUCGCCUUCACAAGUUGUCUCGGGGUCCAGCAACACAAUCCCCCUGUCUCCAGCUGCUGCAACCACCAUCAUGGAGAAGAUCACAGCCAGCAAAGGGCUCAUCUCCCCAAUGAUGGCCCGCCUUGCAGCUGCAGCUCUCAAACCAUCCAACCCAGCAGACCUAGCAGGAAAUGAGCAGCAAACACAAUUGAACCAGUUCAGUCUGGUCCCAGUCAAGCAAGAGCCAAGUGACAUCACCAAGACCCAAUCCCAAGACUCAACACAGAACCAGAGCCUUGAUCUGAGCUUGAAGGAGCACAGCACUGAAUCUAAUGGACAUGUGGAUUCAGGACAGACGUCCCUGUUAUCCUCAUUUCUCAAUAAGAUGUCCCAAAACAGCAGUGGACUGAGCAAUUUGCUGAACCUCAAGACAGAACCAGACUGUGCACAGUCUGAUGCAGAACAGAUGCCCUACAUGAAUAAAGCUUUGACCCCACAGAGACAGGAGAAACGACAGGAGUUCUGGGAGAAAUACCUGCGCAGAUUUACCACAGAAGAUUACUGUGAGAGCCAGUGUGACUUUCUGCAUAAAACCCAUUUCCAUUGUGCAGUGGAAGAUUGUGGUGCCCUUUUCAGUACCUUGGAUGGAGCUGUCAAGCAUGCCAACUUCCACUUUCGGUCAGACGGUGGGACGGUGAAAGUGAAGUCGGAGCCCUCCCUGCCGACCACGAUUCCUGUCGAGAUCCGAGGGUCUGGGUCCGGGUCCGGGUCUGGAUGCAGCAGUGGGGCUGGGGCUGGGGCUGGGGCCUUCUCCCCCGUCGCCAUGGUAACCGCCGCCGCCAUGUUGGCCUCCAGCGCAGGCCCCGCCGUGGUCACCGCCGCUCCGACACUGCUCGCUUGGAAACAGCUGGCCGCCUCCAUGCCGCAACUCCCCGCAUCCACACUGGCAACCUCCCCCUUGGCAACCACAUCCCUGGAGAAUGCCAAGCCUCAAGUCAAACCCGGCUUCCUCCAGUUUCAAGAGAACGAUCCCUGUCUGGCAACCGAUUGUAAAUAUGCCAACAAGUUCCAUUUUCACUGUCUGUUCGGAAACUGCAAGUACGUGUGCAAAACAUCAGGGAAGGCUGAAUCUCAUUGUCUCGAUCACAUCAAUCCCAACAACAACCUCAUCAAUGUGCGUGACCAGUUCUCCUACUACUCUCUACAGUGCCUCUGUCCGAAUCAGCAAUGUGAGUUCCGGAUGAGGGGACACUACCACUGUUUACGACCAUUCUGUAACUUUGUGACUAACAUCACCACAAAACUCCCCUGGCACAUCAAGAAACAUGAGAAAGCAGAACGAAGAGCUGCAAACGGGUUCAAAUACUUCACCAAACGAGAAGAAUGUAGUAGGCUGGGUAAAAACAGUACUAUUAGCAAAAAGAAAUGCUUCAAAAGUUGUAAGUACAAUCAGGUGAACAGCCACUUCCACUGCAUCCGUGAGGGCUGCCAUUUCUCCUUCCUGCUCAAGCAUCAGAUGACAUCACAUUCCCGCAAGCAUAUGAGAAGAAUGCUGGGUAAAAACUUUGACAAGAUUCCCAAUCAGGGUCCCAGGUGUGACGAUGCAUUGGGAAAUGUGGCUGCUGCUACUGGCUCUUCUGCAAUGAGCUCGACACCCAACAUGAUGGACACUGAAACAGACGAGUAUAUGGACUACCCAGCGGGUACAAGCCCUGCGGGUCUCUCCUCGGAGUCUUCAGUGCCAGACCGAAGCGGCACGAGUACGCCCAUCGGAAAUGAAAGCAGUGCAACUGGCUGUCCAGUCGCUACUGCUGCUGAUGCUGUCCACACUGCACCAUCUCCAUCCUUCCCCCCAGCCCUGCUCACAUCUCCUGCUCCCCCUCCUUCACUGUCAUUUCUCCUCCCUCCAUCCUGUCUCUCUCUACUCAGCACGAAUCUGGGGACCACCAGGAAUGUUGUCAUACCGACCAGCACGCCCGGUUUCAGCCCGAUCAUUGCUGCUCCCAGCCCGAUUAAAAGUGAUGUCCCAAUAGUACAGGACGCUGCAGGGAACACCAUUUCACUUCCGACUGCUUCUGGGGCAAAGAAAAGAUUCUGGAUCAUCGAAGACAUGUCUCCGUUUGGAAAGCGACGGAAAACAGCCUCUUCCCGGAAGAUGCUGGAUGAAGGAAUGAUGCUGGAGGGCUUCAAACGCUACGAUCUCUAUGAAGACUGCAAAGACACCUCUUGCCAAUUCUCGCUGAAGGUCACCCACUACCACUGCACCCGGGAGAAUUGUGGCUACAAGUUCUGUGGGCGCACUCACAUGUACAAACACGCCCAGCACCACGACCGAGUGGAUAAUCUCGUUCUCGAUGACUUCAAGCGCUUUAAGUCCUCCCUGAGGUGCUAUUUUGCGGAUUGUCAGUUUUCUGGGAACAGCACCCACUUCCACUGCCUUCGGUGUGGUUUCCGCUGUACGGACAGCACCAAGGUGACUGCCCAUCGGAAACACCAUGGCAAGCAAGAUGUGAUCAGCGCGGCUGGUUUCUGCCAGUUCAGUUCGAGUGUGGACUGUGGGGUUCCUGACUGUAAAUACAAGCUGAAGUGCUCCCAUUUCCACUGCACCUACCCUGAGUGUAAACACACAGUGGUGGGCAUGUCACAGAUGGACUCUCACAAGCGCAAACAUGAGAAGCUGGAGCGCGGGGAAACGACGUCUGUCUCGCCCCCCCGUGAAGCCAUGCACGCCAUGGGCACUACGACGGAGUACGAUUCGCAGGGCUCCUCCCUCAACCUGGAUGGCUCCCUCAACCUCAGCACCAAUGUCGACAGCUCCCUGUUCUUCCUGCGUAACCCCGCCGGCAUCGGUUUGAAUGACUCGCUGGAUCUGAGCACAAAGCCCCACGAGGUGGUCUCGGUGGCUGGACCGCUCCAGGAAGACCCAGCCGUCACAUCUGGAGACGCUGAAGACGAGAACGACAUGACACAGGAUGAAGACCUCAACGAAGAUGAUGAUGAUCUCAACACGGACUCGGACAGCUCCCGUGGCACCGUACCCGAGAACACGGACGAGAAAGAUGACGCCACAGGGCUGUAGCUGGGGACAGCUUCCCCCCAACCACCCCAACCCCUUCCCUUCCUAUAUAAAGAAUCUGUACUCUAUAUACUUGUUUAAAUUAUCUGGGAUGACAGUUGUUCUUAAUUAAAUGAAAAAAAAAGUAGUGGAAUUAACAGCAAAGACUCCACAGGCGCUGUUGUGUUGAAGGGGCCCUGAGUGCACGGUGAGAAUUGUUGCUGCGAUCAGACCAGCUCUGCAGUCGAGACUUUCUCAGCUUCCUCUCCCCAACACCAUGCUUCCAGAUCAGCUGAUGACAACGGGACGACACCCUACACAAAUCAAAAGAAUCACGAUUACAGAUGAACAAAUCGUCUGGCUUCAGAUGCUAUAUGGAGAGGAGAUAGCAGCAGUAUGAAGAGUUGUUUUCCCUGAAAGAUGUUUACAACCCGACCAACAUAAUUAAACCCUUUUAAUAUGCAGGAGAAACUAAAAUCUAUAAUCCGACAUUUCUGGAGUUGGACAUCAUGUAAUAUUUGGGUAUUACCUUUGCUACGGAAAACUCCUUGGUUGCGUGUGUGCAUGUCUGCUAGACUUUAUUGUUUUAAUUUUUGGAAUUUUCAAAGGAAAAAACAAGUAUAUGAUACCGGGAAUCCUAAGCAGUUUGAGCUGUAGUGUACAUUAUGUAAUAUGGCAGAGUGUGCAAGCGAAGAAUUUACAAAGGCAGUUUUAAAUCACCACUUUCUGUAGUCAGUCCCACCAUCACCUCUAGCACCAAACUGUGGGAGAUGAGAUGACUUUCAGAUAAGAUUGUGUAAAAUGAUUUCUUAACGGUAAAUCUCGAAGCAUUUAGAUAAGUGCAGAUUGACAGAUGUUUAUUGUGUAACAUGUGGUGUUUGCACUUGAUGUGAAUGAAGUUCCAUUUUUAUUCUUCCAUUAAUUUAUUUUGUUUUGAAGGUUUCUUUUCUCCUCUCGUUUUUCUCUCUCCCGAGAACCUUCUCACUCUGGAGUUUGGUUGUAUCAUCCCAAGUCACUCGCUACACCUGAGGUUCUUCCAUUCCAUUCCACUCAUUGCUAUUUUGGGCUGUUCCAGAAUAAUCUUUCUUUUACAGUUGUAAAGAAGCACAUGUGGUUUCUCCAAGUUUCUCCACCUUUUUGGUUUGUUUCCUAGAUAGACUGAGAGCAUUUCAAGUAAAGUUAUUUUUUAUAUUUAAAGCAGAAAUCAAUAUGAAUAUUGUCGAUACUUUGGGGGCUAACGUCGGUGACAUUGUUUGUGAAUCAUUCGCCACCAUGUUGAAUCUAACUCUUGAUUCUUCUGAGGCUUAGAGCUGUAGUACCUGUUUUAACGUGUUUGCUUAUGAGUUUCUGAUCAAAAAUUAACUUUUCUCUGUGUGUUUAAGAUUGUUUAAACACGUGGCCUCUUGUAUCUCUAAGGCUGCAGACUGAAAGCCAUGUCAUCACCAAAUUGUUGCAGUGUUGAAGGAGGCCAUUUGGUCCAUCAUGGCUAUGAUGGCUCUUUAAGUGAGCAAGUCACGUGGCCCCAUUCCCCUGCUUCCUCCCUGUCAGCCUGCACAUUCUUCCUUUUCAGACAAAUCUCAAAUUUCAAUCUAAAUGCUUCAAAUCUACCGUCUCCACCACAUUCUCAGGCAAUCGACUAUUGUAAAUCUUAGCCACUUGCCGUGUGAGCAAGUUAUUUCUCAUGUUGCUUUUGCUGCUUUCACCAACUAUUUGCAAUUCAACCCCAUCAUUCUCAAUUCUUUCAUGAAUGGGAACUCAUUCUUUCCCCUAGUGAUUCUAUUGUGCUGUUGUGCAACUCAUGUUUUGUUAAUUUGCCAGUGUAAACUUAUACAAAAUAAUAAUUAAGAAGCAAAUAAGGAAAGAAAAAGGAGAGCCAUAUUGAUGGUCCCUUCUCUUUGCCACCUUCACUGUACCCUGUGCCAUCAAAUUAGUGUCCAUGUGACUGGGAUACCGUUAUUGGUUAAUAUUAUUGGUUUUAUCUUAGACUAGAACACAAAAGAAGGCCGUUCAGCCCAUCAUGCCCAUCCGACAAUCCAGUUAGGCCCACUCCCGAGUCUUCCCUCAGAGCCCUGGAAAUUUUUACUGUUGAACCGAAUCCAAUCACAGCAAGUUCAUACCCGUGUCCCCUCUUCUGCUUUUACAUUGACAAUGGGGAACUAGUCUCUGUCAUUUCCCAGAGAGUACACGCACAGAGAGAGAGAGUAAAACAACAUUUCAGGG